CUGGUAACGCGUCACUGCAAUGGGUGUGUCUUGAUUUACAUGAGUGAACCGUGUUCUCGUCAGAUGUUCUGGCUAUGAAGGGCUUUUUCGUCGUAGUUUUCCGCUUUUCAUUUCACCUGCGGCUGGAAUCUCAAUAUAGAGAAAGUCUUUAGCCGCGUAGGGAUUUCUUGUUUAGUGGGAUUUAGUGGGAUUACCUCUGCGUUCAGUCCGUUAGUUUUGUUUCUGGUCGCUGUUUCUUAUUUAGUUGUUGAUAAGAGCUCUUUAAGCGAAGAUGACAAGUGUGAGGACUUUGUUACUACUUUUCCUGUCAUCUUUGCUGGUAACUAUGGGGAAAGCGAAAUGUUUGUUCCCUGUUUUGAAUGGCAACCAUGUCUUAUCCUUGGAGUCCAGACUGAAAAACGAAUUCCCCGAUGGUUCAACCGCUGUGGCUGAGUGUGCAAGAGGAUACGAGGCAAAGGAUGGAUCACCUUUAAUCACUUGCCAGAAUGGAAAAUGGAGUAAAGUAGAAUUAAAAUGCGAAAAGAUGGAUUGUGGACCGCCAGAACCACAAUCAUCACAUAUGACAUAUUUAAUCAACAAUGGAACAUUGUUUGGAGCCUAUGUAAAAGCUUUAUGUGACACUGGAUAUGACCUGGAAGGAUCAAGCUACAGACAAUGUCUUGUAACAGGCUGGAACGGACGUGCUACAUGCACAUUGAUAACAUGUGAUAAUCCAACUCCUCCUGAACAUGGCAAUGUGAUGUUUCGUAGUCCUGUUCUAUAUAAUGAUGUUAUCAAAUAUUCAUGCCAAGAAAACUACACCCUUGUUGGAAACAGAUCCCUUACCUGUGGGGAUGAUUGGGAUUAUAAUUUUCCACCUCCAAAAUGUGAAGCUAUUGAAUGUGGAGUUCCUACUAUUAAAUUUGGUAACCAGACUGAAGGAAAUCCUCCAUACCUACAUAAAAGCCAAGCCACUUUUGAAUGCUUGCCAGGUUACAGGAUGAAUGGUUCGGCCACAUCAGUGUGUGAGGAGAGAGGCUGGUCUGCACUGCCUGAAUGUGUUAAAGCAACGCCCACUCCAGUAUCCCAUUCGUCUGUAAAGAUGUCAAUCUCAAUUACACCCUGUGAUGUUAUCACCUUCGCUGCCAAUCGGAAUGGGAGCUCAAAGUUUGAAAGGGACGCGAAUGGGGAUGCUCAUUCUGCUUGCUCUGUCUUGCCUGCUUUCUCUUUGCCUUUUAUGUCUAUCCUACUACAGCCAGAAGAAACCACCACAGUUGUUGCAUCAACAGUCACCACAGACAUUGCAACAACAAACGCAGUAUUCUGUAAAGAAGAAGAAGAAGAAGAAGAGGAGGAGGAGGAGCACUUCAUUACUGUCUCGCAGAAUAAUUCGGUUUGGAUAAUAGUUGUAGCAGUGUUGGCAACAUUGGCCAUUGUGUGCAUUUUAUGUGGUUUGCUGCAUUAUAACUAUAAACAUAAAGGUUCUUACAAUACUGGCGAAGAUCAGAGGACAAAAGACGGGUUAUUGCUUUAUCAGACUUUAUAAAGCCAAGGCCAAACAAUCGGACGGCUCCUUUGUUGUAGCUUUAUUCCUCCAAGCGGACCCAAGUUUUACACAUUGAUUUAUUUAUUUAUAAUUGCUAUGUAUUUCUAGGCUUCAAAUGACCAAACAUAAAGAUGAUAUUUUUGUAUUGUAGCAUUAAAGAUUUUGUUUUUCUAAUCUUUU